UUGUGCCAAAAUCAAUAACUAGUUCCAGAGUUCAAAUAUUUUUGUUAAUUUCUUUGUAUUGACCAGGCUAGCUCCGAGUCGAUGCUUUCUACCUCCGUACAACGAGAUGUUCAUAAGAGGUGACUGAGAAGCAGGAGCAAACGUCCAGUUUCCUGUCUGUGGAGAGAGAAAAGAUGAUUUUGAGGCUGAAGCCACCGUCUUCUUCCAUAUGCCUUGUGCUCUUCUUUGUCUUCUUUUCGUGCAGCAAAUCCAAUGCCCAGAAUGCUACCACUGACCCCUCUGAAGUAAGGGCAUUGAACACAAUCUUCCAAAAAUGGGAUACACAAGCUGUGGCAUCAUGGAACAACAGUGGAGAGCCAUGCAGUGGGCUUGCACUUAGUCCAAGUGAUUCUGUGUUUGAAGAUGGUGCUAAUAACCCAGCUAUCAGAUGUGAUUGUUCUUUCAACAACAACACUCUCUGCCACAUCACUAGACUGAGGGUAUACGCUCUGGAUAAACGAGGAGUGUUACCAGAGGAGCUUUUGGAUUUGCCUUUUCUGACAUUCUUGAAGAUUGAUCAAAACUUCUUUAGUGGUUCCUUGCCAGCCUUUAUUGGAAAUAUGUCUAAACUAGAGUUAUUGUCAAUUGCCCACAAUGAUUUCUCAGGACCCAUUCCAAAGGAGCUUGGAAAUCUUAAGGAGCUAUAUAUGCUGUCUUUUGGUCAUAAUAAUUUCUCAGGAACAUUCCCUCCAGAGCUUGGUAAUUUAGUCAACCUUCAACAAAUUUACAUUAACAGUUGUGGAUUGGGUGGUGAGAUUCCCUCAACAUUUGCUAGCCUUGAAAAACUGGAAAUUGUGUGGGCAUCUGACGUUGCUUUCACAGGCACAAUACCCGACUUUAUUGGCAAUAACUGGACAAAGCUUACAUCAUUGAGAUUUGAAGGGAACUCUUUUGCAGGACCAAUACCAUCCAGUUUUGCGAACUUAACCUCAUUGGAGUCUUUGCGAAUUGGUGGUAUAUACAAUGGAAGCUCUUCUCUUGGUUUUGUAAGAAAUCUAAGGAACUUGACUGACUUAGUUCUAAGAAAUGUCUUACUCACUGGUAAUUUGCCAUCUUAUAUCACCGAAUUACAAUCUUUACAAAAGCUGGAUUUGAGUUUCAACAACUUAGCAGGCCAAAUUCCAAGUGCUUUGCUCAAUAUGAAUUCUCUUAUAUACUUGUUUCUUGGAAAUAAUAGUCUGUCAGGUACCCUUCCGAGCCAAAAGAGCGAUACUCUUCAGACUAUAGAUUUAUCAUACAAUUUUCUAUCAGGAAACUUGCCAUCAUGGAUAAACUCAGGCUUACAACUGAAUUUGGUGGCCAAUAACUUCACAUCCAACAGCUCAAACAUAAGGCUUUUGCAAGGAUUAGAAUGCCUUCAAAGAAGCUUUCCAUGCAAUAGAAACACUCCACGAUAUGCAAACUUCUCAAUCAAGUGCGGUGGCCCACAGAUGACAUCUAAUGGGAUAGUGUUUGAGGCUGAGAACAGUACUACUCUAGGUGCAGCAUCUUUUAAUGUAACCAGUACACAGAAAUGGGCAGUUAGCAAUGUUGGCUUGUUUGCAGACAGACGAAAUCAAAAGUAUGUGGAAAACACCUUUGCACAAGUGAGAAGUACAGGCACUCCGGAGCUGUAUCAGACUUCAAGGCUAUCCCCUGGAUCACUCAGAUACUAUGGCCUAGGCCUUCAGAACGGGCUUUAUACCGUAAACUUGUUCUUUGCAGAAACAGGUUUCCCAGACCGAAGUACACAGACUUGGGAGAGUCUAGCAAGGCGUGUUUUCGAUGUUUAUGUUCAGGGAAAUCGGCAGUUAAGGGAUUUUGAUAUAUCAAAGGAGGCAGGUGGGGUUCAGAGAGCAAUAACUAAGAAUUUCACUGCUAAUGUAACGGAGAACCAUCUUGAAAUUCACCUGUUUUGGGCUGGUAAGGGAACCUGCUGUGCACCAGAACAAGGUUAUUAUGGUCCAUCCAUUUCAGCUAUUAGUGUUGUUCCAAAUUUCAGACCAACUGUCAGUGGGAUACCGCCAGGCACUCCUAAAAAGAAAAACCAGACAGCAUUGAUUGUUGGUAUUGCAGUUCCUGUUGCAGUCGUGGCUUUGAUACUUAUAAUUGCAAUUAUUUAUGUUAAGAGAAGAAAAGAAGAUUAUGAUGAGGAAGUGUUUCUUGGUAUUGGCCCUAGACCAAACACGUUUAGUUAUUCUGAGUUGAAAGCUGCCACAGAAGACUUCAGUCCUUCAAGGAAGUUAGGAGAAGGGGGAUUUGGACCUGUAUACGAGGGAACACUUUCUGAUGGGAGAGUUGUAGCUGUGAAGCAACUUUCAGUAGCAUCAAACCAAGGGAAGGAUCAAUUUGCUACUGAGAUAGCUACCAUAUCAGCAGUGCAACAUCGUAAUCUUGUCAAAUUAUAUGGGUGCUGCAUUGAAGGAAAUAGGCGCCUGCUUGUUUACGAGUAUCUUGAAAACAAAAGUCUUGAUCAGGCACUCUUUGGAGACAAUGACUUGCGUCUUGAUUGGCCAACUCGCUUCAAUGUCUGCUUGUCAACUGCAAGAGGGCUAGCUUAUCUUCACGAGGAGUCUAGGCCAAGGAUUGUCCAUAGAGAUGUCAAGGCAAGUAAUAUUUUGCUUGAUGCAGAGCUCUGCCCAAAAAUAUCUGAUUUUGGAUUGGCAAAGCUUUAUGAUGACAAGAAAACGCACAUCAGCACUCGGGUUGCUGGAACCAUUGGUUACCUGGCGCCGGAGUAUGCAAUGCGUGGGCAUCUCACUGAGAAGGCUGAUGUUUUUGGCUUUGGUGUUGUUGCUUUGGAGAUUGUCAGUGGUAGACCAAACUCUGACAAUAGCUUAGAAAAUGACAGAAUUUAUCUUCUUGAAUGGGCAUGGACCCUGCAUGAAAAUAACCAAAGCUUGGAUCUGGUGGAUCCAACUUUAGUGGAGUUUGAUGAAAAUGAAGCUCUUCGAAUGAUAGGAGUGGCACUUCUAUGCACUCAGGCAUCACCAGCGAUGCGGCCGCCCAUGUCCCGUGUUGUGGCUAUGCUUGCAGGAGAUAUUGAAGUGAGCAAUGUCACAUCAAAACCAAGUUAUUUAACUGAUUGGGAUUUUAAGGAUAUAACGGGCACCUUCAGGAGUGAAGAAACACAAACAUCCAAUGCUUCCGAUGACAGCGACAUCAAGAGUAGUAAGAACAAGACUACUUCAGCGACAGAACCAAUGCUCUCUCCAUUAAAUGUUACUGAAUUCACUGACAUUAUUGGAGAUGGAAGCAUAUCCAACGCCCAGACUCAGAAUGCUACAACGGAUCCAUCUGAAGGUGGUCUCUUUCUCUCCCUCUCUAUCUCUGCAUCUUUGCAAAAUACCAUGAAGAUUGAUCAAAACUUCUUCACUGGUCCCUUGCCAGCUUUUAUUGGAAAUAUGUCUAGACUAGCGUUUCUGUCAGUUGCUCAGAAUUCAUUCUCUGGACCCAUUCCUAAGGAGAUUGGAAAUCUUAAGGAUCUCUAUUUGCUGUCUCUUGGUACUAAUAAUUUAUCGGGAACGAUCCCUCCAGAGCUGGGUAAUCUAGCUAAACUUCAGCAAAUUUACAUUAACAGUUGUGGAUUGACUGGUGAAAUCCCCUCAACAUUUGCUAACCUUCGAAAUUUGCAAAUUGUGGGAGCAUCAGAUAACGCUUUCACAGGCAAAAUACCUGACUUCAUUGGCCAUAACUGGACAACGCUUCAAUCAUUGAGACUUGAAGGGAACUCUUUCGAAGGUCCUAUACCAUCCAAUAUUGGAAACUUAACCUCACUGACGAUUCUGCGAAUUUCUGGAAUAUACAACGGGAGCUCUUCUCUUGAUUUUGUUAGAAAUUUAAAGAACAUAGCUGACUUAGUUCUAAGAAAUGUUUUACUAACUGGUAGUAUUCCCACUGACAUCGCUGAAUUCCAGUCUUUACAAAAGCUGGAUUUGAGUUUCAACAACUUAACAGGUCAAAUUCCAAGCGAAUUGUUCAAUAUGAAUUCUCUUACAUACAUGUUUCUUGGAAAUAAUAGUCUGUCGGGUACCCUUCCUAGUCAAAAGAGCCAAAGUCUAAAGAAUAUAGAUGUAUCUUACAAUCAUCUAUCAGGAACUUUGCCCUCAUGGGUAUACUCAAGCUUACAACUGAAUGUGGUGGCCAACAACUUUACACUCAACAGCUCAGACAUGAGACUUUUACCAGGAUUGCAAUGCCUUCAAAGAGGUUUCCCAUGCAACAGAAAUGCUCCACGAUAUGCAAACUUUGCAAUCAAGUGUGGCGGUCCACAGAUGAUUGCAGAUGGGAUACUGUUUGAGGCUGAAAAUAAUACUCUGGGCGCAGCAACGUUCAAUGUGACCAGUACACAGAAAUGGGCAGUUAGCAACGUAGGUUUAUACGAAGACAGGGAGAAUCCGCUGUAUGUGCAAAACACUUUUGCACAAGUGAAAAGCACCAACACACCUGAGAUUUAUCAGACUUCAAGGAUAUCCCCUCUAUCACUCAGAUACUAUGGCCUAGGCCUUGAGAAUGGGCCCUAUACUGUGAAUUUGUUCUUCGCGGAAACAGCUUACCCAGACAGAGGCACUCAGUCUACGAAGAGUCUAGGAAGGCGUGUUUUUGAUAUUUAUAUUCAGGGAUCCCUAAAAGUGAAGGAUUUCGAUAUUUCAAAGGAAGCAGGUGGAGCCGAGAGAGCAAUUGCUAGGAAUUUCACUGCUAAUGUGACAGAGAACCAUCUUGAAAUUCAUCUGUUUUGGGCUGGCAAGGGGACCUGCUGUGUACCAGAACUAGGUUACUAUGGUCCAUCCAUUUCAGCAAUUAGUGUUGUCCCAGAUUUUAUACCAACUGUUAGUGGGUUACCACCGGGCACUUCUAAAAGGAAAAACCGGACAGCAUUGUUUGUUGGUAUCGUAGUUCCUGUUGGAGUUGCGGCGUUGAUACUGAUAUGUGUAAUUAUUCACUUUAAUAGAAGAAAAGAAUAUGAUGAUGAGGAAGGUAAGAGCAUCCGUACAUCAAAAAGCACAAAUUGCUGUCUCGCAAUUGGUCCUAGACCAAACACAUUUAGCUAUGCUGAGUUGAAAGCCGCCACAGAAGAUCAGUCCUUCAACAAAUUAAAGGAAAGGGGAUUUGGAGCAGUAUACAAGGGUACACUUUCUGAUGGGAGGGUAGUAGCUGUGAAGAACUUUCAGUAGCAUCUCACAAGGAAAAGUCAAUUUAUUGCUGAGGUAGCUACCAUAUCAGCAGUGCAACAUCGCAAUCUUGUCAAACUAUAUGGAUGCUGCAUCGAAGGGAAAAGGCAUCUCCUUGUUUAUGAGUAUCUUGAGAACAAAAGCCUUGACCAGGCACUCUUUGGACGCAGUGACUUGCAUCUUGAUUGGGCAACCCGCUUCAAUAUCUGCUUAGCAACUGCAAGAGGGUUAGCUUAUCUUCAUGAGGGGUCUAGGCCCAUCGUACACAGAGAUGUUAAGGCAAGUAAUAUUUUGCUUGACGCAGAACUGUGCCCAAAAAUAUCUGAUUUUGGAUUGGCAAAGCUAUAUGAUGACAAGAAAACGCACAUCAGCACACGGGUUGCAGGAACCAUUGGCUACCUGGCGCCAGAGUAUGCAAUGCGAGGGCAUCUCACUGAGAAAGCUGAUGUUUUUGGCUUUGGAAUUGUUGCUUUGGAGAUUCUCAGUGGUAGACCAAACUCUGAUAACAGCUUGGAGGAUGGCAAGAUCUAUCUCCUCCAAUGGGCAUGGGCUUUACAUGAAAUUAACCAAAGCUUGGAUCUGGUUGAUCCAAAUUUGGUGGAGUUGGAUGAAAAUGAAGCUCUCCGAGUGAUGGGAGUGGCACUUCUGUGCACCCAGGGAUCACCAACGAUGCGGCCGUCAAUGUCCCGUGUCGUUGCUAUGCUUGCAGGAGAUAUUGAAGUGAGCGGUAUUAUAACAAGGCCAAGUUAUCUAACUGACUGGGAUUUUAAGGAUUUAACAGGCAGCUUUAUGACAGAAGAUACACAAAACUCCAUUGCAUCUGAUACUGACAACAAUAGUAAUAUCAACAUUAACCCAGGGGCAGCACCAAAUCUUUCUACGGUAAAUGUCACCGAAUUUAGUGACAUUAUCGAAGGAAGGUGACAAGUGUUGGACAUUAUCAACGAUAUCAAGGGAAGAAUGAGAAGAAGAAAAUCAUUUUAUAGAUUUGCACAUUUAAAAAGUCAUGUCUGUACAAAAAGAUAUAUUUUUUAUCUAUAAAUAAGAUUUGAUCUCUAAAAAAUGAACAAACAGAAAAAUUUGUAA